AUUGCUUAACUUAAAAAAUCAUAUCAUCAUUAAUCUUCAAACAUUUUAUCACUUUAUCAAUAUUAUUAGAGUAAUCAUUUAUUAUUAUUUAUUAUUCAGCACAUGUCGAAGUUUUGCUCAGUAAGAUUUUAUUUAGUAUAAAAUAUUAAAAUCCUAUAAUAGCCACCUGUCUUUCAUUUGUCAUGUCGGCCCUUCAGAAGAGACCUCUGCGUAAGGUACAGUCCACGAAAUCGACAUCGGACAACCGAGAAGUCCGCAAAGUGCCCGUGCCAUCUCAUCGACUCACUCCACUCAAAGAACAUUGGUUACACAUUUACACGCCCGUUGUUGAACAUCUCAAGUUGGACAUUAGAUUUAAUGUCAAAUCGAGAAACGUGGAAAUAAGAAAUCCUGUUCCCGACGACGCAAUUGGAUCACAACAUUUACAAAAGGCCGCAGACUUUGUAAAGGCAUUCAUUUACGGUUUUGAAGUUGAAGAUGCAUUAGCAUUAAUACGACUAGACAAUCUAUUCGUUGAAUCUUUCGAAGUAUAAAUACAUUGUUUAUUUAAUAUAUUAAGCUCGUUUUACAUUGUAUGGUUGUAAUCUUUUAGGCAAAAAAAAACUGAAUGGUAAAACCCAAAUGACAGAGUUGUUAACAUUAUAAAAUUUUUUUCACACUGAUUUUGGUAUUCAUUAAAUGAAACUGAUCUGCUGACUAGUGUCACUUCUGUUUUUAAGAUAAAUAUAGCCUCCAAUUUUUAAUAAAAAAGUACACAACCAUACAAAUAGAAACCACACAUUUCAUUACGUACACAACUGGGCUUAUGAUCACUAUUUAUUGUAGUAACAGUAGACAACUGCCACACAACACGGCAGCAUCAUUUUGUUGUGGCUAUAAUGUAAAAUAGUUAUUGUUUUUUUUUCAUGGUACUAAAAUAUUUUCUGUAUACGGUCAAAAUCAUUAUGAAAUGAGCCAUAUUUACUAUUAUUUUUUAAUUUGCAUUAUAUAUUGUAUCCAAAUAUUUCCUUAUAGAAUAGAUAGGUACUAUUAUGUAGAAUAAUUAAUACAAAUUAGAAUAGGACAUAUUCAGACAUCAUUUUAAUAUAUUAAGUAAAUAAUGAAAUUAUAUAAUUUAGUUAAAUAAAAAAAAACUUUUUUUUUAUUUGUGUUAAACGAGAUAAUGUCUGACUACAAACUCAUAAUUUCCUUGUUAUUUCAAUAAAAAUAAAAUAGGAACUUGUUUUUAAUGUUUUGUUUGUAUGCAUACAAAAUCAUAACCCUCCAUAAUCAUUCAAAAAUAAAAUUGAACUAGCCUUUUUAUUAUUUUAAAAACAAUUAAUAAUUUACACUGAAAUAUACAUUUUUAACUCAGAAAAUUAAUUAUAAAAUAAUUGUCAGAUUUAUAAUAUCAACAAAGAAUCUAAUCAUUUUGUUAUAACCAUAAUCUCUUAAAACAUCUAAAUUAUAAUGUUAAUAUUCUUUCAAGAAUUAUAUAAUUGUACAAAUUAUCCAUAUAUAUGUUUUAUAUUAUUUUUUUUUUUAAAAUCAAAAUUAUGAUUGUUAAAUGAUUCAAAUUUUUCCUGUUAACUCCUCUGUGUUGAACAAUCAUCCACAUGUUUUUUACUUUCAUAGAACUGCAUAUAUUUAGUUACAAUGUGUAAAAACAUGUAAAACUAAAAUCAUUAUUAAAUUUUUUAUUUCAAAUUUCAUAACUAUAAAAUAUUUUUAUAAUAAAAUACAUUUUUGAAUUUCCUUUUUUUUUUUUUUCUAGUGCAUAGAUAUUUAAAGGAUAUUAAACCAUAUCUACCUUACUUAUAACAUUGUAAUAUAAAGUUUAUAACCUUUAAAAUUCAAAAUAAAUUUAUAAAAUUUUGAGUUGAGUUAUCUAUUUUAUAAAAGAAUGUUUAAACAUUUUUUUUUAACUGAUAUCACAAAGUAGGUAUUUACCUACUUUGUUGUUACAUUAGGACCAAGAACUUAUAAAAUAAAUAAAUUAUAUUUCUUACUUCUAGUAAUUUAAAUCAAAUACAUCCUGUUUUAAAAACUGUUUAUCAUUGUUUCUAAUAUUUAUAUAAUUUAUUUUAGGUUAAAGAUGUGAAAACAUUAAAAGGUGACCAUUUGUCUCGUGCAAUUGGGCGAUUGGCUGGAAAAGGAGGAAGAACAAAGUUUACAAUUGAAAAUUCUACAAAAACCAGGAUAGUGUUGGCUGACUCAAAAAUACAUAUAUUAGGAUCAUUUCAAAAUAUUCAAGUUGCCAUGAGAGCCAUUUGUAAUCUUAUUCUUGGAUCUCCACCUUCCAAAGUAUAUGGACAAUUACAACAACUCUCAAAGAGUAAAGUUUUAUAAAAUAAAAACAAUGUAUAUUUCAUAAUCAAAUAAAGUCAAAUAUUGUAAAAUUUAAGUUUUAUUAAAUUUCAAAUUAAUUACAUGUAAACUGUUUUUAAUACCGGUCACGGUAUGCCAUCUGCCAAAUCUGUGUUCGUUGGCAACUGCAACGAUCAAUCGAUUUCCAUCAUUUGUAAAUACAAGACCAGUAAUAAAACCUUCUAAAGGAACAUUAAAUAAUGGUAAUAUCGACUUAUAGUUGUUUGUACACCUCCAAAAUUUAAGCAAUCCAUCACUACUUCCAGAAACUAUCAAGUCUGAAUUUUCUAAAGCUCCAACUGCAGAUACCCAAUUUGGUUGACCAUUACUUUUAUUAGUACCAUGGGCGUUGUUGAUGUUGCAAAAUGGUUUUUUCCUCAAUGUUCCCCAGAUGCUAAUGCAGCCACUAUCCCCGCCUGUGACAAAAUGUGCAGUAUCAAUUUUCUUUACAGAAUCUAUUGAACCACCUGUUCCAUGAAACAUUAAUUGUGUUUCAUCUUGAAUCUUCCACAUUCUGACCAUACUUUCAAAGCCUCCGCCAGUUAUUACAUGAUCUUUCUCCAUUAUAUCAAUGCUGGUGGCUUCAGUCUGAUGGCCUAAAAGUGAAUCUAUGUAGGACAAUUCAGUAAGAUCCCAAAUUUUAACACUUUUAUCCUUUGAACAACUGAACAAUUGAUUUGAUUCAUUGCAAAUCGCUAAACCAGUUACACCGUCUAUAUGUCCCCUCAAAGGUCCAAUAUAUUCUAAUGUGACUGAAUUCCAAACAUUAAUUAGCCCAGAAUUAUCUCCAGAAACUAAAUAUUGCUCAGACACCGCAAGAGAUAAAACAGGAUAAUUAUGAUGUGUUGGAUUUAUCACUAGGGGUUUUUUACGGUUAUAACUCAAACACUUGUGUACUUUACCAGCUUGUAGAUCCCAUUGUAUUAUAGUAGAAUCUUUUGAUGCAGAGUAAGCAUAUUUGUCAUCGGGCGAUACCACAAUGCAUGUAAUUGCUUUGGUAUGAUGUCUAUUUCUUAACCUGAGAAUGUCAGUCGGAACCAACAAACAAUCGGCCAAUUUUGUUUUCAAUUUUCCUUUUUGAUCAAGAACAUCAUUUUUUAAACGCUUUAAAACAUUUUUAUUUACCUGAUCAUCGUCAUCGUCUUCUAAACGUCUUCGUUCUUCUUCUUCAAUUUCACUCAAAUACUUUUUAGCGAGUUGCACUUUUUUUUCGGCUACCGUUAAAAACUUCUCUUCCUCUGAUUCUGACGAAAAUGCUUGGUGGUCAUCGUGGUUAGACUCACUUGAAUCGGACGAAAUCUCAUCAUCGAUGUGAUUUUCGGUUUUUUUCUUUUUGAUGUUGUUGUUUGUAACACGUACUGCAGGUUUUCUGCGUUUGGUUACACCUUUUCGAAUAAAAAAAGACAUGAUUUUAAUUUACUUUGUUAAGUAAUAUUUGUAUAUAAAAAACAAUGGCAAUGUAAAUUGUAACAACAUAAACACAGUCGAAUAGUACAC